AUGAUGUGGGCGAGGCGGAUGCUGUGGGGCUUUGGGUAUACGAGGUGCCUUCUUCUGUUGUGCUUCUUGAGCUCUUGCUGGCUGCUGGUUGGUGCGGCGGAGGCGCAAGUGACUGCUCCGGAGCUGGGACACAGCCUUUUUAGGAGUGCCAAGACGGUGGUUGAGCUCGAUGCAGGGUUGUGGCGUAAUGUGCAUCGCAGCGCCCACAAGUGCCCGUGGUCGGUGAUGUUCUACAACGAUGGCUGUGGCCACUGCAGAGCGGUGGCCCCGAGGUACGUCAGCUUCUCCACACGGCUGGAGGAGUGUCAUGAGGAAGAUCCGUUACGUAUGGUCACCGCCGCGGCCCUAAACUGCGCAACGGAGGUGGAGACGUGCCGUGCGUAUGGCAUUGAUGCGGUGCCAAUGUUCAUGCUAUUCUUACCCGCGAAUUGCACGGCUGGAACUAAUGUGACCUGCACAAACGAUGACAUGCGGCGUUUUCUGUUGGGCAGCGGUGACAGCGUGCUUUCCGAAUUGCGGAUGGAAACACGUCGGCUAAUAAAGCAGACGAUGCACUUUGACGGGGCCGCGAUGGAGCGUUGCGCGGACAUGCGCUACACACUUUACAAAAUUAAGGAUCAGCGUAUUCAUCCUGGUCAUACCUCUUCUGACACGUUUGUUGAAACGAGAAAGCUGUACCCCACUGAUAUCGCAGGCGCUUUCUUCUAUACGCUGCUGCAUGAAGUGGCACUGAUGGGCUUCGACCCCCCGGAGCGUCUGCGCGCGCUGAAGGACUUUCUGCUCAUUGUUGAGCACGCCCUGCCGGGGCUUGAGGCGGGUGCGGUGCUGGACGCGGUGCGGAGCAUGGAGGUCGGCGGUGCUUUCUCCGUGGCACGCUGGCAGAAGGCUGUCAUUGCGGCUAACAUACCAUUUGAGGGGAAACCGCGUGAAGUGCAAUGGCGCACCUGCAAGGGCUCUUCUGUUGAGUACCGUGGUUUCCCUUGCGCAAUGUGGCUCCUUUUCCAUUCUCUUACAGUGAACGCUGAGGUGAAAACGCUGGAGACGAUACGGAACUAUGUGCGUUUCUUCUUUACCUGCGAGGAUUGUCGUAGACAUUUCUUGCAGCUUAAUUUUGAACCGGAUGGAGACUCUGUCAUGCAGCUAUGGCGUGCCCAUAACAGUGUCAACGCGCGCCUUGCAGAGGUGAAAGGGGCAGCUGACCCCUUUGUGCCAAAGCGACAGUUUCCUGAUUCUGCAAUGUGCAGCAGUUGCCUCAAGCCAGGUGGUGCGUUUGACGAGGCGGAGGUGUCAAAGUAUCUGCAGAAACGUUAUGAGUGGGACCCUGACGCGCUUCAACGAGAAGAAGUCGGCCCUACCAAUCCAUCUGGUCUCGCGCCGGUGAAUGCACCAACAGGCAACAGCAAAGCACCGGGCGGCGCUGAAGGGACGACACAGCAAAACCCAAUGCCUUUUCACGUAUUUCUGACGGGAUUUACGAUUGUUGGGAUUGUGAGCGCCGGUAUUCUGCGUGUCAGGGGGAAAUAUAUUACACCAUAUGGGACCCACCGCCGCCGCUCUAGGGUGUGA